CCUGCUUCAGCCAGAGGGAUUGGAAUCCGUGUCAUUCACAAGUGGAAUCAAAUUCCAAGGAAGAGACCUGUUAUUGUUCAGAGGUAUUCUGUAUAUCUCCCUCUGAGUUUAUUAAACUAGUAUGUAACUUGUGUAUGUACUACUCAGUAUUGUAGGGAUAUAAUACUCAACAAUAGCAACCACAAUGCUCUAGUACAUGUACGUUGUGUAUACAUGGUAGAGAGAUGCCACAACCUUUGGAGAUUUCAAGUCCAGAGUUUCAUUACUCAUGGGUGACAGUUACCUCUGCAGUGAGGCUACUGUGACUGCCUUUCCUCCCAUCCCCUCCCCCAUAAAGAUGAAGCAGACCCCCCCAGAAUAAAUUCAAACAUUUAAUCAGGCUGUAAUUCUCACAUUGCUUCUGCAGUGGUACUUCCUUGUUGAAUUGUAAUUUAGCUGCACAAUGCACGAUAGUUGUUAUAGACUAUAAUUGGUUAAGCUCUGAUGACUGAGUGAGCACUAAGUAUGUUUGUUAGAAGACUAGUCAUUAAUAAUGGUAGUAGGACUUUGUGUCAUCCAAUGCAGUUUGUAAUCAUAGAAAUGAUUUACAAAAUCGGACGACCGCAAAAUGUGAGUUCGAUUUGCCACUCACAAGUAUGGUUACAGACAGAAUCGGAUGACUCAAAGUCCUGUUACCAAUUAAUCAUAACAGUUAUAAUUUCUGAAAACAACAAAUACAUUCGGACAAAUAUGUGCUGGAGAGACAAUGUUUAAGUGGAAAAUUCCCAAACUUUUGGAAAUUCCACAAUUUUCCUAAGAUAAGUGGUUGUUGCUAUGGUUAUUGUGAUCAAUUCUGUGAUUGGUGGAUUUGACUGAAAGGACUAAGAAUGGUUGGCUGCUUCAACUGUCAGAUUGCAGGUGUCUGAUUACAGCCAAUUAUCCGAUUACAACUGUACCGAAUAUUUAGUGAAGAAUAAGGCAGCAAAUGCACCAAUCAUAUUUGAAGAAAUUGUAACAAUUUGAUUAAUAUCAUCGUCGUUGUGAUUUUUAGGUACCUUGCAAAACCGUUUCUCAUCAAUGGAAGCAAGUUUGAUCUUCGAAUCUAUGUCUACGUCACUUCAUACGAUCCACUUAGGAUUUAUGUCUUUGAAGAUGGGCUUGUGAGAUUUGCAACAUGCAAGUAAGUUUUCAAAGACUCAAACAUGACAUUCAAAAAAUAGAUGUGUGCAUGGUUAAAUAGUUGUGAAGGUUUAUUUGUCCAGCGCUACACUGUACACCUCCUAAGAUUUCCAUCUCCAUUUUGUUUUCAAGGUACUCAUCAUCCAUGAAAAGUUUAAGCAACAAGUUCAUGCAUUUGACAAAUUACAGCAUCAAUAAAAAGAAUGAAGGAGCUUACCAAGCGAAUUCAGAUGAAACUGUUUGUCAGGGACACAAAUGGUAGGAUAAAGUAGUGUUGUUCAUUCACUUGUACAUGUACUUACUGUAAUAAGCUUAAACCCCUAAACCCUAACAGUGAUUGUUCUAAUUUCUCCUCACAGUAUCAGCCCUGAAUCAAGUGUAAAGGUCAUGAGAUAAGGGAAAUGAUCAUCAGUUUAAGAAGCUCCUGUUUGUCAAACAACUUGUAUUCUCGUCAGUACCACAGGAAAUGUAAAGAGAACAGUGUGGAGAACGUAGUUACUAAUUUUAAAGUGUAAACGGUGAAUUUGUUCAGCUUUGCAAAGAAAUGUGUUGGGGUAGAGCAAGCUCAGUACAGACGAUAUUCCGACGCCGUCGUCAAAAAAUUAUUCUUUCUGUCAGUACUUUCAAGUUAUGGUACAUUUACAUUUGGAGUACAUUUGUAUUUAAUUUGAUUGCAACCUUUCUCAUAGAUAAGCUGAAAAAUAAACAUUCCAUUUUGCUAAUUAAACGUGACGCUUCUGUUUGUAGGAGUUUGAAAGCUCUUUGGGGUUACAUGAAACGCAUGAACAUCAACCAUGUUCAUGUUUGGGAGACAAUAAAGGAUUUGGUUGUCAAAGCCAUCAUAGCGUAAGUAACAGAAAGUGCUGUUGUUGUAAAGUAAUACUCACUGGAAAGUUAGUAAAAUCCAUCUUGACAAGUACAGCUGCACAAUAGUCCAUAGGUUGAAGUUUCUUUAGUAACUCAACUAGUUUGGACUUGCGUUAGUUUGGCCGUAAAAGGCAGAAGCCGCCAGCAUUAUAGAAUAAUUUCCUGCGAAGAUGGCGUAGCGGUAAAAACAAGAUACCGACACGUUACUCAUCAAUUUUAACGUUUUUUGAGCAGCAAAUGUCUUAUUACGUACAGAGAUGAUAACUUUGAAAACUUUGUAGAUAAUAAUGAACGCAUGUAAAUUAUCACUAUAGAUACAUUUUUUGUCGCAUUUUGCUGAAAACUUGAACCCUGUCAUUACACUGUGCUUGUCCAAGAAUCUGAAGGUCUAUUUUUACUUACUUCUACAUUUUCAGCGUUUUCGCCGUUUCUUUAAAUCUUAACAUGCACGAGAAAAUUUAGUGAAAUUGAACUUCUUCAUGUGAAUGUUUCAGGUCUGACUCAGCGGUAAACACCAUGGUGAAACAGAAUGUGAGAAAAAGGUAAGAGACUGCAGUUGGUCUUGAACAACAUUUGUGCAUUUUGAACAGAGUUUAGUUAUAGUACGUACGCUAUGAUUGGUCUAUUUACCGCGCUGUUUAUAGCUGUAUGCCCUCCUCAAUUCAAAAUUUUGUUUGAAUUGAUAUCUUCGCGCACUAUUUGAACCCAGAGAUGUAACAAGUAUAAAUAUUAACCUGAUUUCGAGUGUAAUUUGGUGCUCAUAAGCACUUGUAAAUUUUUCAAAGACAACAGAAUUGCAUGAGCUCAUAGGGCAAGUGCUAUUUGUAAUCUUUGAAAAAUUUGCAAGUGCUUAUUACACCAAAAAGAAAAAGUUAUGAAAAAGAAAAAUUAUGUAAUUACUUGGUUGGUAAUAUACUUGAAAAACAUUGCAGAAAGUCGAGACAAACGAAAUUUGAAAGCGUGCGCGCGCCAUUUGUAACUUGCACUUGUGCUACAACUUUGCACUCGUGUUACAUGAGAAUGCGCUCGUUUUCAGCUAAUCAGAAGCGCGUAUUUUUUUUUAAUGUACUUCUAAACUACUAAUUACUAAACUCGUUUUCAUGGUCCGUACGAUAAGUUACAAAAUCUGUUUUUUUUUCCCCGCUGGAACAUCUAACUCAGUCAGUAUUACUAACUGUAAUAUCUUUACUACCAUCUACAACAUUGUCUAGAUCUUGCUGUCAUGAGCUUUUUGGAUUUGAUGUCAUGUUGGAUGAGACCCUUAAACCGUGGCUACUAGAAGUGAAUAUAUCUCCAAGGUAAUUCACGCAUUUGUCAUGUUCAGAAAUAUUGACCACGCGAGAGAUACCAGUAUUCAACCGAAAUUCACAUACUCAAGAGAUUGAAAUACUGACCUCGCGAGGGAUAUGUAUCCAACUCAAAAAUUUUCAUUCUUAAGGGAUUGUAGUUCUAUGGUGUUCUUGUGAACCCAUUCAAAUAAUUGUUUUCGCAUGCAAAAAAAUUUUUUUUCCAUGGUCCGCCAGACAUUGGAACAUAGUAAGGGACAAGAAGGCUGCCAUUUAUAAUUUUUCUCAUCGAAAACGAGGACGAUUUUUAACUUAUUUUUCAAAAUGCUUUUUAAUGCACAUCUUGUGUUAAUUGAUUUAUUGCGGGACAUUUACGAGCAUUCGUUUUGUUUACUCUUUGUCUGAAGUGCAAUAAGAUGCGCAGCAAGUUGUGUAAAAGGGUGUGCAAUAGGAUGCGCAGUAAGAUGUACAAUUAGGUGCGUAUUGAGAUGCGCAGAAAAAUGCGCCUUCGUUAAUCGAGUAAACUUCGUCAACUUCCUCCCCAGUCUUCACUCCACCUCUCAACUGGACCGUAACAUCAAGGGACAGAUGAUAAAAGACUUGUUAAACCUGGCAGGGUUUUGCAUCCCAGAAAACCUGAUCACAACCUCAACUUCAAGGUCAGUCUAACUAUUGGAAUAUCAGAGAGAAAUUGAAAUUACGAGCUAUUUGCAAAUGAUGAAUAGUGAGGCACGUGACUCCGCCAACAUGUAAUUUUUCAAUAUGGUUGCAUUGUGCAGCGCACAUAUGAGUAUAAUGUAUUAUGAACGUGAAAUUCCUGUUUGGUUUCAGCACUAGUAACAUGAACCAGUUUGUUCAAGAUAAAGCUGUGACGGGUCUUUCUUCAGAUGAGAGAGGAAAGGUGAAUAUAUGUUAUUGAUGGCAAAUACCUACAGAUAUUUAGAACAACAUGUUUUUGUGUCAGUUUGCCAGUCUUAAUUUACUGUGACAACGUCAUAUAUAUAAUGGUAAUAGGACCGAGUGGAGUCCAAUACGGUCGGUAAUCAUACGGGUGUUUAACAAAAUUUGACGACCGCAAGGCGGGAGUCAAAUUUGUCAAUCAAGAGUAUGAUUACAGACAAAAUUGGACGACAAGAGGUCCUGUUACCAAUCAAUCAUAACGAUUACAAUUUCUAAAAACAACAAAUACAUUUAGGUCAAAUACCUCCAGUGGAGACAAAGACUAAAGUAAAAAAAAAUUGUAGUAUAGUAAUAGUCUAGAUUUAUGUUUCAAGAAGGGAAAUAGUUAGACAUGCUCUAUUGAGUGCUUUUGUAUUGGAGAUUGCUGCUGACUUAAUACUUCUCCUUCACUGACCCCAACAUAUAGUUUAAUCAUUUUACUUAUGAGCCCGCCUUACGGAUUAUUAGAACGUACAAAUGAUGUUAAAAAGUACUGACUAUAAAUACAUUCCAUUAUUUGCGACAAUGUAACAAGGAAUUGACUUCGAACCAAGUCAAACUGUUCUUUUGUGUGUCGUCUUAAUUUGUUUAAGUGUUGGACUUAUUUUUCUUGUGUUUCAGCAUGCGUUUUAUGUUCAACGUCAUCUAGAUGAGGUAGGAACACAUUUUAGAACGUUUCCCUUCAAAUUCCUUUCUUUUAAAUGAUUGCAUCUAGAAAUCCCACAAUGCCUUUAUUAUUGAAAUAUCUUGCUGACAGUUACACAACAUGUUUCAUGAACUCGAAAUUACGCCGCAGAGAGCGCUUAAAGUCUGCAGACACUUGACCCUUUUACUGGCUUUUCUAGGAUGCAUCAGGAUGAAUUGCGUCAAAACCCAAACGAAAGUUACCACACAGCCAGCCCAAAGAAAGAAAUUAAAAAAAAGAAAAUGUCGCAAUGAACUAAUAAGACAAUUUACGGUGAAAUCAAAGAAAAUGCUUCGAGCGCGGAAAGGCAAAAGGGACCAAGUAGUUGGGAUUUGUGUUAGUGAACAUCAGCAUCUUGUUAUUCAAGAGAGUGUCGAGUUUUCUAAAACAAUCACAUAGGCUGUUGGAGCUUAAGAAACAUCAGUUUAAUCCAAUGCAAUCCCUAGCUGCGUUCGUCACUUACUUUGGAUUACCUGAAUUUUGAAUUUAUUGGUAAGAAAUUUUAAUAAUACAAACUUGUAAUCAGUUCACUUCUCUUUCAUUCAUGUCUUUUAGCGCACGAAACAGUCAAUCCUUGACAUCUUAACACCAGACGACAUUAGAAUGCUUAUGGAGACAGAGGAUGAGGUACACUAUACAUUCGAAUUUUUGAACAAAUUUUUGUUUCGAUUUCUCUUCGUAGUGAAAAGCAAAAUUUACAAAGUUUAUUGCUUGUUAUGCGUGUGUGAAAUAGAAAGGUGAAUUCAUUUUAUCCUUUAUAAGAGAAUGCCAUGCAUUCGAGAAAGUGAAACUUUCCGUAAUGUAGCAUAGCUCGAGCGUUUCUAUUUUCCCUCACAGAAUAGUCGAAGAGGAUGCUUUCAGAGAGUUUUUCCAUCCAUGUCGUCCAACAAGUAUUUAAGAUUCUUUGAGUCUCAGGUGAGGAUAAUUUUACGCACAAACAGUUAUUACUACCUCAUUAAACUACGGGCAGUCCCUGCUUGUUGCCGAAGUCCGUCGCGCGACCAAAAGAAAUCAGAGAAAAAAAGGAAGAUUUUAGCGCGCCGCGCGGAUUUCUGUAGUAGGUACUACUUAUAGUGUGUGCCACUCUCAGAGGUCCGAGCGGUGCGCCAACCAUUUUCUUUCAAUCACUGUUUUUUUUUUCCCCGAAUGGUGCGACGGACUCCAGCAAUUUUGCUCCUUUUUAAAAUGACUUUCUCUUCCCUCCAUCCUUGAUCGAAUUUUUCUGCCAAUUUCCUUAUAGAGAUAUUACAACAUUUUGUUGGACGAAUGGACAAGAAAAUACAUGAGAGAAGGGCGGAGCACAGUCCUGGGUAAGUUUAAAUUCAGGUAGAAAAAGCUAGGUCACCGUAAUGUAUAUUCGGAAAAAGUAAACUACGUUAUUUGCAGUCUAUGUAUGUAUUUGCGAUAUUUAGACUGGCUGGCUCAGUGCAGCACAGAGCUGGUUUAAAUGGGGGCCAGUUUAAGACCAGACCACUACACCGGGAGUCGUGCGUUCCACAAACGUGAGCUGAACAAGUGUAGUCCGUGUCACUCUUUAAAACUCUGCGUCUUUUUGUUGCCCUUAUGGUCUCAAGUUUUUUCUUGUUAUGUUUCUUACGAUUCUACACUGUAAAUGUUUAUUUAAAUUGGUCUUUUUUCUUACACAGGAAUCGCUGUUCUCCAAGCACUUGGUGAAAAGAAACUUCAUAUUGGGGCAACCUCGGAUCCAUCACAUCAAGUGAGGCUUAAUUUUAUUAAUUGAUUUAUUUGUUUUCGCAAAGAAAGUAAUCAUUCCUUUAAAGAUUUUGAAAAUAGUUCGAAAUUCUAUUUGGAUUACUGACUGACUGAUUGACGACUAACUGAUUGACCAACCGACUGACGGCUGACUGAUUGACCGACGGACUGACGACUGACUGACUGACUGACUGACUGACUGACUGACCAGCUGUGUAACCGGUUAGCUGGCCUGCUGACUGACUGACAGACCGGCAGACUGAAUGAAUUGAUUGAAUCGGAUCCAUCGAAUUAAUGGUCUUAUCAAGUGACUUAUAGACUGAAGAACUGACUGGCUGAUUGAUUGAUUGAUUGAUUGAUUGAGUAAUCGAUUGAUAGCUCGAUCACAAGAUUUAAGGCUUUAUCGAUUAAUUGAUUGAGAGACGCCCUUUCCUCACAGUGGAAUUGCCCUCAAGGUAUAACGUACAGGUCCUCUUCCGCUCCAGCUCUCAGUUUGGACCACGGACUCAUCAAAUCAAGGUCGGUGUAAAAAAUUAAAUUCCAACUUAAUGUCGAUUGACAAAAACUGCAUAUCGCUGUUUGUUUGUUUUGAUAUUCCUGAUGAUAACAUUUAUUUAAAGUCAAUUUAUAGGUUGCCCUCAAUCUGAAACACCAUGUCACUCUCCGUCCAUUCUCAGUGUUCUACAUGUUCUUGAACGUUUCUUCUUUCUCUCAGACGCUUCUCAGCACCAGCUGCGAGAAUAAAGGAGUGGAGCAACUCAAACUCUUCAUCUACUUCUAUUAGGUACAUGCUGGAAAGGUGCUGCAUGGUUUUUUGGGAUUGGCGCAGUUUCUUUUAUGUUGACUUUGGUCCUUUUUCUACGAUGGGUUCUGAUUAUUCUCCUCCCUGCUCUGCACUACUUCACACACUACUUCCUUUGUUGUUCAUCCUUGUUCCUCAGAAACUCAUUCUAAGCUUGUUUAAGCUUUUUUCUAGAAGCUCUCUUGCCACUCUACUUCCUGGUUUUCGUGCUUAGAUAUUUGAGUUUGUUUUAAAUGUUAAGCUUCUUUCUUUAUUACAAUUUAAAAUUGUUUACAAGUUCGUAUUUGCUAUGUAUUUACUCUGUAGUCCGCACACCUACUUUAAAAGCUACAACAGAUCCAUUGGUAAUCAGAAGGACUCAUUUCUCGCUUUAAGCUCUGUUAGUUGAUUUUACUGCUCGCGCUGUUUCGAAUUGAGAUCAUCACUGAUUGUUUUGACUUUAUUUUUCCUUCCUCACUGUUAGUAGGCUUUCCUCUGCUUCUUCAACUAAGACUAUCAAAAGGUAUUAUGUCAGCAAUUUUUCAUGUUCCUAAACAUGUCCCAUAUGAAUAUAUCCAAAUUUGGUUGCGUGAAAGUCUUCAAAGUUCAGUCUUAGUCCGGUUCUUUUCUCCCAUGCAAUUAUUUCUCUCCCCUUUUUCCAUUUCUUGCUUUUCACCUUUUUAGGAAUAGCACAGCUUCCAUCUUGAAAAAUUCUCCGCGGAGAAAAUCAGCUGUUACAUCAUUUAAGGGCAAAAGGUAUUCUUUUUUCUCCCGGUCUUUCUUGGGACACUGAAAAUUCAUCACUAAUUUCACUUUACCUGUACGCAUCUUUGCGACGAGGAGUGAGAUUCUGAUCGCACAUUCCAGAUUAUUGAAGAGCUGAAUGUGAAGAAAAGGAACUAUCAUGAUUCAAUACGGUUAAGUUGCACGCGUUGUAUCGACAGAUUGUUACAGAGGAAAGUCAUGAACAGGAUCAUAUCCAGGGUUCCCAGGAAAGGGAUUUGUUUCUAAACAUCUCCUUGUAGUUUAAGUCUGUCCUUUUUCUCUUAUCCUCAGAAGAGAUGUAUCCGCAUGGCAAAAUGUGACAGUGACAAACGAAACUUUGUUCUUCUUUCUGAACCUUUUCCUACUCCUUAAAUUUUGGAUCCUCAUUCUAGUUUGGCGAUUUUUCCUCUACUAUACUUUAUUACUAAUCUCGACUUCACUUUCUUUACUUUCCUCUUUUUCUGCCGGCCGAUACCCGGAAAAAGACGACCGUCCUGAUGUUUUUCCUUUUUCGUCCUCUCUCACCCUUCCAUCUUUGGUACUCUAACUCUGUCUUUUCUUUUUGUUGUCCUCUUUUCUCCUCUCUUUAUCAAAUAGAAAACUUCGAACAACUCCACGAUGUAAGUCAGCUCCUUCUUGUAGACGUAAGAAUAAAGAAAAUUCUGAAAGCUCUAACGAAUCAGGGUAAUAUAUAGUAACUUUCACUUUUUGUCUUCAUCUUUUUCUUUCAUUUCUACAUCAAAACUCUAAUCUCUGUAGUUCACUCUACACCUAUUUUAGCUAUUUCGUCCCAUGUUCCUGUAAAUUAAUCGUUAAUUCACAACUGACAAUCAAUGAAUUUCGAUAAAUGAAUUUCUUCAUCAGCCGAAGUGACAAUCUUGAAAACUGUAGUUUAGUUUUAGGUGUGCUAAGGUGAUCUUUAUAGAAAGUGGCACUUUGCUAUGCAGUUGCAUAUUCUCAUAAACGCAGAUGCACUUAUGAAGUUUUUGGAUCAUUUUACCCCAACAUUUACCCUAACCUGUUAUCAGUUGACAGUCGUUGGGUUAUGGGAGGGGUAGGAGCGUAUUUGCUCAGAUACCAACAGUGAUUCCAAGUUCAGUUUUAAAGUCACAAAGAUACUUAUGUAAAGCGAAACCAGUUUCUUUACUGAAACGACGAUGGCCAUUAAGGCCCAGGGUGACCAUCAGACCUACAGCUCAAACUUCCACCAACCCAGGAGAUCUUAGAACUUCAUUCUAGGCCACAUAUACCACAGUGGUUUCAAAAGUAGCUUUCUGAUAUUUUGUCACAGCCAGCACUAAAUAGUAUUAUCUCAAGAACCAUUAUCCGUCUUUUUCCUUCCAGUGCUUCGGCUCCGGUGCUUCUGCCCAAAAUAAAGAAGAAGUCAACAAAAUCGCACACAUCCAAGGUGGGUUUUCUCAAACUUCUUGUAGAAAGUGCAAUCUCUUUUUACUGAAUACCCCGCUUAUUCCAUGGGAAGUCACUUCAGUUUUUUUUGAGCUCCUCCUCACGAUACGUUUGUCUUGCUACAACUGAAUAACAUACACUUGAUUUCUACUUUGUAUUUAUGUUUAUCUCCUACGUUAAACUUGUUUAACUCAAUCGUCCUUAGUUUGGCUCCGUCCUCGUAGUUUUCAUCCUCUUCAAACAUCGUGUUUGAUUUCCAGGUCAGCCAUUCAACUCUACAAAAUCGCUCUAACCUAGAAAACUCUAACCGAACGUGCAAGAUUCUUAGGGACUCUUCGCGCCGACUGACCUUACCUCAGAUCAAAGAGCGUGAAGCAGUUAAAGCGAUUUGUUGUACGGUUCUCUGUUUGUUAGUACGAACAGCACUGUUUAAAACUUCGAAGAAUUCAUUCGCACCGUAAAAACACUCAGUUAGCCACACAUUCAAUUAGUUUACCGCUUACACAAGCCGUAAAGCAAACGAACCAACGGUCAAGCCUCUGUGAGGGUUACAGAGCUAUUUUAUGAACACAGGGGCAUAACAAAUUACAAUUUUUUUUCGUUAUGAACACAGCCACGCUAACGCGCUGCCCUGUAGCUUUCAUUAAAAUGUUUUGUGAUAUCAUGAUGCAAAACUCAUUUUCAUGAAGACUGCCAAGUAUUAGCUCGGUGAGAUUUAAAAACGAUUAAUAGGUAAUGAUAAACCCCGCUGGAGCAAGGAGGGUAGAAGGCAUUUUCCUCUUUUCUACUCGACUUAAUCAUCACACCUCCGCCCAUGGGUUUCUGUGAUGGCCACCAGCGCCACGAGGAAGACUGGAGACCUGUGCAGACUAUGCAUAGGGUAAUUUAGUAUUAUCAAUUGAAUUGAUAACGUAAUUUAGCUACCUUGAAGAGUUUCGAAGAUAACAUUUCGAGAAUUAGCCCUUCAUCAGAGCGAAUGGAGGAAUUUUGGGUUGUGUGUAUGUGUUUAUAUGAAGACCUUGCUUAGCCUAACAUUCGUAGCCUAACAUAUCAUGAAAAUGUUAUGCUUGAUUUUCAACUUAUUCUUUUUUUUUCAUCAGAUGUCUUCCAGCUCGGCCACAUCCUCUGAACGAACCCGGCAGAUGCUGAGAGCUCGGAUGAAAUCGAACAUCUGA